AUGGCUCCCAUCACAGACGAGGUGGUCGAUGGACUCAAGUCCACGAUCGGAAAGCUCGAAGCUCGCAUUGAGGACUUGGAAAGCCGCCUUCCUGGCGGUGGUGCCAAGCCCAAGUCCGUCACGGAGCAAAUGCGACUGAUUCUCAUGGGACCUCCCGGUGCUGGCAAGGGUACUCAGGCCCCGAACAUCAAGGAGAAGUUCUGUGUCUGCCACCUGGCUACUGGUGACAUGCUGCGGUCCCAAGUCGCGAAGAAGACCGACCUCGGAAGGGAGGCCAAGAAGAUCAUGGAUCAGGGUGGCUUGGUUAGCGACGAGAUUAUGGUCAACAUGAUCAAGAGCGAGUUGGAGGGCAACGCGGAGUGCAAGAACGGUUUCAUCCUGGACGGUUUCCCUCGCACUGUCGCCCAGGCCGAGCGCCUCGACGAGAUGCUUGUUGCUCGCAACCAGACGCUCCAGCACGCUAUCGAGCUCAAGAUUGACGACGCCCUCUUGGUUGCCCGUAUUACCGGGCGUCUGGUCCACCCUGCUUCCGGACGUUCAUACCACAAGAUCUUCAACCCUCCCAAGGACGCCAUGAAGGACGACGUCACAGGCGAACCUCUUAUUCAGCGCUCCGACGACAAUGCCGAUGCCCUCAAGAAGCGUCUGGUUACAUACCACAACCAGACUGCCCCGGUUUGCGAGUACUACAAGAAGACCGGCAUCUGGCGGGGAAUCGAUGCCAGCCAGGAGCCUGGUCAGGUGUGGAAGAGCCUUCUCGGUGUUUUCAGAAACUAA